AUGGCCCCCUCUCAGCUCCCCCCGAUCUUCAACCCCACCUCCCAGGACAUUGAGAUGCUCCUCGCAGCUCAGUGCCACCUCGGGUCCAAGAACCUCCAGUCUCACAUGGAGCCUUACCUCUGGAAGACUCGCCCCGACGGUGUCAAUGUCAUCAACAUUGGCAAGACCUGGGAGAAGAUCCUCCUCGCUGCCCGUAUCAUCGCCGCCAUCGACAACCCGGCCGACAUCUGUGUCAUCUCCGCUCGUCCCUACGGCCAGCGUGCUGUCCUGAAGUUCGCCUCCCACACCGGUGCUACCGCCAUUGCUGGUCGUUUCACCCCCGGUAACUUCACCAACUACAUCACCCGCUCUUUCAAGGAGCCCCGCCUGAUCAUCGUCACCGACCCUCGCACCGACGCCCAGGCCAUCAAGGAGGCCAGCUACGUCAACAUCCCCGUCAUUGCCCUUUGCGACACUGACUCCCCCACCGACUUCGUCGACGUUGCCAUCCCCACCAACAACAAGGGUCGCCACGCCAUCGGUCUCGUCUGGUGGCUCCUUGCCCGUGAGGUCCUCCGCCUCCGUGGUACCCUCGCUUCCCGUGAGGUUGACUGGGACGUCGUUGUCGACCUGUACUUCUACCGUGACCCCGAGGCUGAGGAGAACAAGGAGGUCGUCGAGGAGAAGGUUGCCAGCGCUGAGGAGGUCGGUGCUGGUGCCAUCGAGUCCGGCUUCGCUGGUGACAACUGGGAUGUUGCCGGUGCCGGUGCCGGUGUUCCUGGCACUGCUUUCGCUGCUGCUAGCGCUGCUGCUGGUGCUGCCAGCUGGGAGGCUGAGGGUGGCGACUGGGCUGCCAGCUCUGCCGCUCCUGCUGGUGAGAGCUGGGCUGAGGCCCAGCCCACCGAGGCUAAGUGGUAA